AUGGCGGUUUCCAAGUCGGGCGGAAAGAAGUAUGGCCCUGUUCGCAAGAUAGAAUAUCGCCGACGCUGGAGACAGAGCCGAAACUUCGACUCCAAGGCCCAUGUCAAACAGGAUGCCCAAAGAUGGAGGGGGAGAUCUUCUGCAAAGACGAAGAAGGGUUAUUUAGAAAGAGCCAAGCUCUAUGAAGUGUUUCUUGUGGAAGAAGGCUUUCAACCCCAUGGCUUCUACAACAAGGAAGGACAUCCAGUCCCAACCCUGGAGGAACUAACAUAG